UAAAAAGGGACGGAGGGAGUAGCACUCUAGAAGAGUCUACUUUCAUCACUCCCGAUCAUUUCCCGUUAACUAACACGACCAACAACUCGAUCGGCGGCAAAAGCAGGAUCGGUAUGAAAAUCAUACACGUCCCUUGCUUGGAAGACAACUACUCCUACUUAAUAAUCGAUGAGGCAACCAAAGAAGCUGCAGCUGUAGAUCCGGUUGAACCCGAAAAGGUUCUUCGGGUCGCCCAAGACCACGGUGUUGACCUCAAGCUAGUCCUCACUACUCACCACCACUGGGAUCAUGCUGGAGGCAAUGAAAAGAUGAAGGAGCUUGUUCCCGGUAUUAAGGUUUAUGGCGGUUCUGUUGAUAAUGUUAAGGGCUGUACUGAUAAAGUGGAAAACGGCGACAAGUUUUCACUCAGUUCUGAUAUCACUGUACUCUCUCUGCAUACCCCUUGCCAUACAAAAGGUCAUAUAAGCUAUUUUGUUACUGGAAAAGAUGAAGAGAACCCUGCUGUUUUCACAGGAGACACAUUGUUUGUUGCUGGUUGUGGCAAGUUCUUCGAGGGAACAGCCGAACAGAUGCAUCAGUCUCUAUGUGUGACAUUGAGUUCAUUGCCAAAGCCUACUCGGGUUUACUGUGGCCAUGAGUAUACAGUAAAGAACUUGCAGUUUGCAGUGACUGUUGAACCAGACAAUGCUAAAAUAGCAGAAAAGCUAUCAUGGGCUCAGGAGCAGAGACAAUCGGGGCUUCCUACUAUUCCAUCAACCAUAGAUGAAGAACUGGAGACUAAUCCUUUUAUGCGAGCCAGUUUACCUGAAGUUCAGGAGAAAGUUGGUUGUAAAUCUGCUGUUGAUGCUAUGCGGGAGAUUAGGCAACGCAAAGAUACCUGGAGAGGGUAAUUAAAUGCUAAUUCAAUAUACUUUGUACCCACUGGUUUAUGUAUCAAAGUACAGAUCGACGGGAUCUGCUGUUAUUUCCUCGUAUCUGACUAAAUCUGCGUUUAUUUCCUACUAUCUGUAAAACCAUGUGUAACUUGAAAAAUAAAUUCUCCUUCUUUCACAGGA